UCUGGAAGGCAGUAUUAUGGAGACAAUGUACAAUGCUUUUUGGGACCAUCUGAAAGACCAGCUAUCAAGUACUCCCCCUGACUUCACUUGUGCUCUUGAACUUCUGAGAGAAGUUAAGGCGAUCUUGCUAUCACUGCUGUUACUACGCCAGAACUGCCUAAGAAAUAAGGUUGAAGAAGCUCUGGACAUAGAUCUCCUCAAGCAGGAAGCAGAGCAUGGGGUCCUGGAUGUCCCCCAUCUCUCUAACUACAUUCUCAACUUGAUGAUUCUGCUAUGUGCACCAGUCUGAGAUGAAGCAUUGGAAAAACUAGAGAGCAUAACAAAUCCUGUGCAGUUACUGGGGGGUAUCUUCCAUGUUCUGGGCCUGAUGAAAAUGGACAUGGUGAACUAUACUAUCCAGAGCCUUCGACCCUACCUUCAGGAACAUUCUGUCCAGUAUGAACUAGCUAAAUUCCAAAAACUCCUCAAAAAGCAGCCCAAUCUCCUUGACUGCACCACAAAAUGGCUAACCAAAACAGCUCUAGACCUCACUACACCAUCUCCAAGUUCUCCCGUCUCCCAGCUCUCCAGCAUGGCCUGCUCACCUCCAAAUUGGGCAGCUAACAACUCGGAGCUUCCCAGUUCCACAGUGGUGCUAUGCCAAGGUUACCUGAAUCUUCUUGUCUAGGAUCCUGACAGUGAAGAGUUUCCUGAGACUCUGCUAAUGGACAGAAUCCGGCUACAGGACGUAGAGUCCCAGUUGAACCAGUCAGCCAUCCUGGUCUCAGUGUUGCUAGUUGCCAGAAGUUUCUCUGGUAAUGUUUUAUUUAACUCACCUGAAUUUGUGGAUAAACUGAAACAUAUAACCAAGGCCCUGACAGAAGAAUUUAACACCAGGCCUGAAGAGGCUCUGGUGAGUAUAAGCAAACAAGUGUCUCAGGAAAUCCAUGAAGGCCUCAAGGACAUUGGUCUCACUGCCCUGAGUAGUGAAAAGACAGCAUCUCUUAUAGGCCAACUUCGGAACAUUGCCAAGAAAGAGAACUGUGUUGUAGCAUCAUUGGUAAGAUGGAUCCGCUUGUUUCUCAAAUGCUGUUUGGUUCGUCGUAUGCAGGAAUCUCUGCUAGACUUCCCUGGAGGCUUUAUUUUCAUCAAGGGAGUGUUGGCAUAACUGGGUUGGAAGUUUGUCAGUCUGAUGCAUCACAAUCAGCAGGUAUUUAGCCCCUGUUAUGAUGAAAUUUUAAGAGACAUCAUCCUUCCAGCUCAGGCACAAGAAACACAGUGGAGUCUAUCUGAUAGUGCUGGACCCCAACUAUUGCAACAGGGACCCAAGAGAGAGGGCUCAGCACAUUCCUGGGAUGAUGUCACCUAUGGCCAUCAGAGCAGCUUCUUCCUCACUAUAGCCUGGACACAGGGCUGCAGAGUUCAAGCAUAUAAACACCAAAUGGCCCAAUCCCCUUCAUAAUAAACUUCUGAACUGCAAGACAACCUCGGUUCCUUCUUUGUUGCAACUGAAUCCAGGUUCUGUGCAUUUAUGCCCUACUCUCUGAGAAGCUGGUGACCCCUCAG